AUGAAGAACACCUCAAACGACUUUCUUGACGGCCUAACUCCGGCGCAGGAGCAUUUCCUCAAGAAGUAUCUUCUUGAAUAUCGGCUCUCUGAUGAACUCCACACUUUCUCACGAGCAGACGUUUGUGAGUUGGUGGGAUUUCCGUUCAAGACGACCCUCAAAAAGUCAGGAUUUGAUGUUUUACCUUUGUCAACUUUCUAUAUGCGCAAUUUUGUUGCUCAAUUCCCAUUCAUCGCUUCGAAUUCAGACAAUGUCCAACGUGCCUUCUGGCAGGAAACAGUCCAGCCCUUCGUUGAGAGUUUCAAUAGCAAGAACAUCAGUAGCUCUGAGGAAAGGCAAACAAAUGCAACUAAAAGACGACAAGUCAACAAGAAAUUCCUUUCUGGAAUGUUGUUGUUCUACAAUUCUGUCAUUAUCACCAAUAAGGAACUCACCUACCUCAAUGAAAGCCAUUUGAAGCCUCUGGAUACUGGCAAAAUGGAUAAGUUUCUGGCCAAUUUGAAUGACGACGCGUUGUGUGUAGACGAUAUUGAUAAACACGAUAUGAAAAAGUUUCACCAUAACUUGAGUAUCAAUAUCGUUGCUCUAAGAAGAACUGGCGCAGCUGUAGCAGGAACUCCGUCAAACAGUAUUUCUUCUUGGAGCCCAAUGAGAUUUGUGACCUCCUCUAGACCUCUGGCCCCUCGACACCAUUACGAAUUUGUGAUACAGGUCACCACCAGAGAGUCAGUUGAUGGAAAUUUUCAGUAUAAGAGCCAUUUUAUAGCACGCCAUUAUCAUGAAUUCAAGACUUUGGAAAGCAAACUCAAGCGACACUUGCCAGGCGUAAUGUCUACUGAGGUUUCAGAAUUACCUCGAAAAUUCAGUAACGACAACGGGUACAAUGAUAUUGCGCACGAGAAAGACACUGAAUCAGAGUUGGCAUCGUUAUCUAGUACUGUAAAUGGCUCUUCAAAAACAACAAAAUUAGUAAGAGAAAAACUCAGGCUUUCGUUAAGAGGCUAUUUAAGAACUCUUAGUAAGUAUCCUGAAAUCGUACAUUCCGAUAUAUUUCUAGAUUUCAUUGACCACGGCAGUUUUAACUACCGUCAACUCUCUGAAGUUGAACUUGAGGAUCACAAAAACAGAAUUGAACAUGAAAGGACCAUGUUGAAAACCCAGGUGGAGUUUCAAAAGCAGACAGCCAAAGUCAUUGUAAAUCUUACAAAAGACUUUGAAUCUUUGAAGAAAGACAUCAUCAUGAAUCCGAGCACUCUUUCUGGUAUAUUCGAUCAAAUAGGCAAAUCGUCUGAUAUCAAGAAACAGACUCCGUUUUUGAAAACUCUUAAUGAAUGGUGUAAGCUUGAGGCAGCUGCAACCUUAUACCAAGUAUUCUUGAGUCAAGACAAUUCCAAUGAUUGGUUGAAUAGAUGUCGCAAAUUCCACAGACUAUUCCCAUAUAACUUGGUUUAUGGAAUCUUGAGAUUUACCAAUCCGUUGAAGAUAGUUUCAAGAAUAGUAGACCUCUUACUUGUGAAUAUCCCUACUGUGUCCAUUCCUAGUUGGGGAUCCAAGGAUGAAGAAGAGCUCAAAGAGAUCGCAAAAAAGUCCGGCUCCAGAAAUCUACUCUCAAUGAUAUUUGUGAUGUUGUUGGAUGAAAGUUUGAGUAGCUACGAAACUGAGUUGAAAUUACUUCGAGAAGAGAAGCUUGAUUCGGAGUACGAGAUAUUCCUUGAAAGAAUUGAAAGGUAUACUGAUGUGGACUAUGCUGUAGUUGAUGCAAUAAAGAGGGAGUCUUAUGAGAAGUCUCAGGAUCUUUUGCUAACUGUUUUAUCCACUGAUCUCAUUAAACCUCCGUUGAGAACAAUUGAAGACAAAUACAAGUAUAGCCAGAUUGUUAAGUCCCAAAUGUCAUACGACCAGUUGGCAGAACAUAAGAAUGUAGUAGAUUCUGCUUUGUACCUAAAUUUGAAGCAAUACUGGCAGGUUCAAAUAAGAAAAAAGGAUGCUGAUCUUUUCAAGCAGCUAUGGAAAGAGCCAGAGUUGACAAAACUCAUCAAGAACUUCUUAAUGGUGUUUUACCAGCCGAUGAUGAGAAUAUUUACCAAAGCAGAUAUUCAUGUAGUUUUCAGGGACUUCCAGAAAUUCAUGGACGAUCUCAUGAAAGAACUCAGUAUUAUCAACAAUCAAGAGAUUUACUAUUUAAACUCGUUCGAAGUUUUCGACAGAUUAAAAUCGCUUUUCGACAAACAUGAGGAUGUGCUCUGGAAGUUCAUUCACACGUUGUAUGUCAAAGAUGACGAACAUUUAUUCAAAGGGCUUGUUCUUUGGAUAGAAAAAUUUCUUGUAGCCCUCCGAAUUAAGUUUUUUGAUGAGGAGACUGUGAAGCUAAAUCUUUCGUCGGCCAAUUUAGGAAUUGAUGAGGAGCUUUUCCUUAAACAGUUGAAUUCUAGAGCCGAAAGAACGAUUCUCCGUAGGAAAUUAUUCAAAGAAUUUUUGGAGGUUCAGGCUAGUACGGGCGAUGAAACAGCACAAGAUAAAAUUGAUUCGAAGUGGGAAGAAGUCAAUAACCAAUUAUAUGGAGAAUUCAAUACAAAGGGGCUUGGAAUCGACCUUGAAGACGUGGAAGAAUUCAAUCACUUGAAUGCUGAAGAGGAUUUGGGCGAUCAUAGCAAUGAAAGGGUUCUCAAACAGAAGCUUUUCGAUUUGGAGAAGAACUUGGUCGACUACGGCACUUCUGAAUUGGACAAAUUAGACGAUUCAGUGAAGUCCCAACUUUCGACAUUAUUGACAAAUCUUAAAAUAUAG